AUGUCUGAUCAGGUAAACUUUUCAAAGUUCUUACCCCUUAUACCUUCAGAAUAUCAUACCUACUUGAGUUCUUGGUCUGCCACCAGUAUUCCUGCCACAAAGACUUUAAGUUAUAUAGCUCCAACUCAUGCUCCUGCCUUAUCUGCCAGUAUAACAUCAAUUCAAUAUGCAGUGGUGACUGAAACUGAUAGAUUAUCCCUUUAUUCACUUUAUCGGUUAUAUAGAGGGGCCCAAGCUUCUUUAACCAUUAUCAAUAAUGAAAAUAUGAUUGCAACUGGAACUGCAACUCAAGAUUUUCCUGAAAUUACAGAAGCAAUCUUUAAUGCCACUUUAAAUUUAAUAUCAUUGGAUCGUGAAGCUAAUUUAUAUUCAAGUGAUUUAAGUAAAGUUGCUAAUUUAUUGAUGGCUGUUAUAUUUGCUAUUAUACUUAUUUGGCAAGCCAGUUUAUGUAUUUGGUCAAAACAUUUUUAUUUUGGAUUUUGUUUUAUUUGUGGUACUGGGUUAGAAUUUGCUGGAUAUUUUGCUAGAUUCUUAGCGGUUGGUGAUUAUGUUAAUUAUGAUAAAUUCUUAUGUCAAAUAAUUUGUUUAACUUUAGCUCCAGCAUUUCUAAUGGCAGGUAUUUACCUUUUAUUAGCUCAAUUGAUUGUUUUACAUGGUCGACAGUAUUCAAUUUUAAAACCAAUGUGGUUUUCAUAUGUAUUUAUAGUUUGUGAUUUGGCAAGUCUAAUAAUUCAAGCUGCUGGGGGUUGUGUAGCUGGUAUUGCAUUGAAUGAUUUUAGAAAUACAGCUUUUGGAACUCAUAUCAUGGUUGGUGGGAUUGGAUUCCAAGUAUUAUCCAUGUCAUUAUUUUUAAUUUUCUUAUUUGAUUUCAUCCACAGAAGUCUUUUCAAAACAGGAAAUCCAAAUAUAAGGUACUCUGUUGGAAAUUACUUGAAAUGUUUAUUUAAUACCACUGGUGGUAGCAAAAUAAGAGAAGCAUUAGAUCCUUAUUAUAAUCCAAAACAUCGAGAAAUAAGACAACGGAAUUUCUUUGGAUUAAUUCCAUUUGUGAUUUUAAUCUCAGUCAUAUUCGUAUACAUUCGUUGUGUCUAUAGAGUGGUUGAGUUAUCCCAAGGUUGGAAAGGUUAUCUUAUUACUCAUGAACAAUAUGUGAUGACAUUGGAUGCUUUAAUGAUCCUUUUAACAAGUAUUAUAUUACUGGUUUUCCAUCCUUCAGCAAUGUUCGGUAAAGAUUCUAUUUUAACUUUCGCCUACAUUAAGAAAGAAGAAGAUGUCGAACCAGCUCAAUAUUCAGUUCAUAGUUCUCCAUUAAUGGAUGAAAAACAUGAUUACAAUUCUAAUCAUCGACAAUUCAAAAUUCAAAAUCCUUUUAGAUCUUAUAGUAUAGGCUCCGCCAAUGAUUUAAAAGAAGCUGAUGACCAUGAUGAGUAUAGAGAUACUUUAGAACAACGAGGUCCAGUUUUGGAACAUCGAACAGCACCUCGUGCAAAUCCAUUUGAUGACAUUAAUAGACAAAGUUAUGUCUCAUCAGCACAAUCAAACUCCCCAAGUCAUAAUUAUUAUAAUGCUCACACUAACAACAAUCACCAAGAAGGUUUUAGAUCAUUUAAAUAUGUUACUGAUGAAACGGAUGACCAUGGUAACUACAAAGUCCAGAAUAACAGCCAGUUAUAUCAACAAAGUGUACUUAGUGAUAAUUAUUCCUUUGCCAAUGAUAUGAAUCCUUCGCAUAGAGAACAACAAGAUUUAGGUGAUAGAGAUAGUUUUAUUUUCGAAUAA